AUGUCUAAAACAAAUGAAGAUAUUCAACCUAAAAUGUCAAAAAGUGUAGAAAAUUUAUGUAAAAAGCGAGCUGUAAUGCGAGCUGCUGUAACAAAAGCAGUAAAUAAGCUAGAAACAGAAUUGGCAAAGAGUGAGGUGGAUGCAAACAUCGUGGAAGAACUUGUAGAAAUAUUAACUUUAAAAUUUGAAAUGCUAAGCGCUGUAGAUAGCGAACUAGAAGCUAAUUUUGAACCGAACGAACUCGAAAAAGAAAUUGAAACUUCGGAAGAAUAUCGCGAGAAAGUGACUGUUUGGAAGUUUCGAGCUACUAAACGAAUUAAUGAAAUGCGUCAGAAUUCGUUGGAAGUCAGUCGCAUCAGCGAAAAUCAAAAUAGAAGCUUUGAAACAAGCAGCAACAGUACUAUACGAGAUAAACUUCCGAAAUUGACUAUCGCGAAGUUUUACGGAGAUGUGAGCCAAUGGUUAACAUUCUGGAACAGUUUUGAAUCUGCGAUACAUAAAAAUGAACUUUUGAAUAAUGUUGACAAAUUCAACUACCUAAAGGCAUAUUUAGGUGGAACUGCCAUGAACACAGUUGAAGGAUUUCCAAUUACAGCUGAAAAUUAUGAUAACGCGAUAAGAGCAUUGAAGGACCGAUAUGCUGAAACUGACUUAUUAAUUAGUGCUCAUAUGAAUAAUAUCAUCAAUAUGCAACCUCUUAGAGACUCUAAUGAUGUUCGUGCAUUUCGAAGAUUUUAUGACAACUGUACAACGCAAAUACGGUGUUUAGAAGCAUUAGGUUUGUCAUCGGAAAAUUACACUAGUGUAUUAUGCCCCCUGCUAUUAAAAAUCCUUCCUGCGGAUUUAGUUUUAGAAUAUAGCAAAUUAGAAAGUAAUACCCAUUCAAAUCUGACAAACUUACUUGAUUUUCUGUCAAAAUCUUUGAUGUCGCGAGAAAGAGCAAUGCAUAUUAUGUCAGUUAACAUAAAUCAAAUUUCCCCCAACGAGACUUUCGCGCCACAUAGGCAAAACACUGUCGAAAACCGUGUUAGAAAUGAUUCAAGGAAGAAUAGGAAACAAAUCGCUACCGCGUCUGAACUGAUUUCUACCGAUGAGAUAGAAAAUCCCAGAAAAAUUAAAUGCGUAUUUUGCGAUUCAUUUACCCAUUUCAGUUCUGAAUGUGAAUCUGCCAGUAAUUUAUCGCUAGAAGAACGGAAAAAUAUCCUGAUGAAAAAGGGAGCGUGUUUCAAGUGUUUAGAAAUUAGGAAGCAUAUUUCUCGGUUUUGUAAAGCAAACGUAAAUUGUAAGCAUUGUAAGGGAAAACAUUCUUCUUUAAUGUGUUUUACUAAAUAUAAGCAGAAACUUAACGUAGAUAAGAAUGUCCCUCCUGAAAAUUCCGUCCUCUCAAACCAAUCUUCGUCGAAUGAAGUUUAUUUGCAAACUUGA